AUGUUAAGGAUAUGUUAUUGUCUGACAAAAUGCAAGUUAACCUUGAAUGCUAUUCCAUCCAGAUUGUAUUGUAACCAAAAACAAUGGCUCUUCAGUGAACAUGAUCUAUCUGAAAUGUAUGUUCGAGGAUGGGGCCCAGGCGGUCAGUCAAUUAAUACAACAGCAAAUUGUGUUGUUUUGAAACAUAUUCCUACUGGUAUCGUGGUGAAAUGUCAGGACAGUAGAGAAUUGGAAAGAAAUCGUGAAUUAGCCCGUCGAAGAUUAAAUGAUAAACUCGAUGUAUAUUACAAUGGUGAAGAGAGUACUAUUGAACAAAUUCGUCAAAAAGAAAAAUUAAAAGAAGAUCAACGGUAUUUAAAAUCAAAAAAACGUUUAGCUGCAAAAAUGGCUUUUAAAGAACGUGAAGGUUUGACAAAGAAAUCCUCUACUAAGAGUAGUAGUAGUAGUAUUACUGAUAGCGAUAGUACAGAAAACAAUACAGAGCAUAACUGA